GCUUGGGUUUCGGCACCCGUUCGCGGAAUUACUUGCCGCCAGUGAAAGAUCCAAACUUCAAAGACAAGGCUCCCAUCCUCUCGCCCACUGCCAUCUCUCUUCUGUACUCCCAUCAUCUCUCCCUCCAUCGUCUCUUCCUCCCUUUCGAUAGUAAAAUGGGCAGGAGAAAAAUUGAGAUUCAACCGAUCACUCACGAGCGUAAUCGUUCAGUGACUUUUUUAAAGCGUAAGAAUGGUCUCUUCAAAAAGGCCUAUGAACUUGGUGUCCUUUGCUCUGUAGAUGUCGCCGUCAUCAUCUUUGAGGAACGCGCGGGUCAUCACUUGAAACUUUAUCAAUAUUGUUCUGGUGACAUCCAUGAUAUCAUUCAGCGUCAUGUUCGUGACGACGACCCAGAUUCUGCUCCUCCACGUGGAGGCAAGAGGCGCCACGACCCCAAGUUGAAAACAGAAUAUGGUAGCAACGCGAAACUCCUGAUUCCUUCAGGAGGCGACAUGGGUCUAAACGUCGAUAUGGCUGAUUAUCACCGUCCUAUGACCAUCCCUCCCCCUCCUAUGCCCCUUCACCACUCGUCACAGCUUCCAUCGGUUGGUGGGGGAUCUGCACUUCCUAUUUCCACAGAACGCCAUUCGUCUUCCGCGCCCAACGUUCAUGGAGGCAAUGGCUCCAAGCUUUCGGGGGACGAGUCUAUGUACAAUGGUUAUCUCCCCUCACCCACGUCGGCUCAUUCUACUGUAUAUCGAUCCAACGGUCCAUCGUCUCACCAACUUCCGUAUAACGGAUAUAUGGGAGUGUCAAACAGUCCCCCGCAGUCCUUCCUGCCGUCGAAUUUCGACUUCCCGUCCUCGUCGUCCCGAGGCUCUAAUUUACCGCGUAAUAAUAGCUACAACAGCCAACGGUCAUCGUAUUCUCAACCUCAGGACCCCCAAUUACAGGGAAUGUAUCACCAGCUGAUGCGGCAGAAUCACCCACAUGGUCAGCAUUCCCACUCAAGUGGUUUACAUUCCCAGCAGUCUCCAGACUCUUUGUUAUCCACAUUUCUAGACAAUGAUGAACAUCGGCAGCCGCAAAACACAGGUCCGCAAUACGCGCCGCUUGAUUGGCCCUCCCAUGGGCCAUCACAGCCGCCGCUGCCACCCCCGUCGCAACCACCACAGCAAGAAUCAGGGCCUCCUGGAGACCCUAGUUGGCUAGAUUUCCUGUCGCAGAAUGCAUCUCAAUCAGGUGCUCAACAGCUCCAUAUGACACUGCCCCCCGCUAAUGGGCGAGAUGGUCUCUCAUGGGAACGAGAUCGUGAUGCGGAGCAUUACUCCGCUGAGCGCGGUGGUGACCUUCAUCCAGAUAAGUCUUCCAAUGGGGGAGCGUUGAUGUCACCGCGUUCAUCACGCAAACGGCCGCGUGCUGCAUCAAGUGCUGCGGAUGAAAAACGCUCAUCGCCCAGCGCGCGAGCUGUCUCAGGACAGGAUAAGAUGCAUGACCCUGGCAGCAGCAGUGGGAUAGACAAACAAGACAAGUGACCAGGGCUAUGAAUUUCGAACAGUUUCUGUAUGACUAUGUUUAUCUUGGACUCUGAUUUUCUUGCGCAGUGAUGUUUAACGUACUUCAUGACGUAUGGGCUUGUCUGGACAUGCCGGGAUUAAUGCCACCUUGUUAUCGAUGUUCCCAUGGCACAUGCACCCCCGAUUCGUGGCAGGUUUGCAUAUGAUCAUAUCAUUAUGAUGACUAAAUAGUAAGACUUUUUGGGACUGUUGGUGAAUAAUACCUAGAUGAUUUCAACAUCACCGGACGCCUACGAAAUGACGUGUCCAACGAAGUC